CCAUCCUAGGAAACGCAAAUUUGCUUCCGGUCUACGCCGGGUGUAAAUGAAAGCACUUUGUCAGGUACUGUGUUGAUAUCUUCCAGCCGCUGCAUCUCCAACUUGAACUUUAAUUACUGUUUGACUGCAGAGUUGAACAAGUCAGUGAAAUGUCUUCAGCACAGACAUUUUUAGACCCAAACCAACACAAGCGUGUAUCUGUUAAGUCCAACCCUGGAUUCCUGGAACGGUUAGGGGAAACUGCAGGAGGAACAGUUGUUGGUGUCGGACUGUUUUUCCUCUCAAUCUAUGUUCUUUUUACCAAUGAAGGACGGGCUCUGCGAACAGCAUCUUCCCUGGAUGAGGGUCUUUCUCAGGUUGUGUCGUUGGGGCCGUUCUCUAGCCUCGACCUGCAGAACAACUACCGUUUAGUUCAUCUGUCUGCACGGCUGCGCACCUCACAGCCCCUCCAUGACCCAAAUUACAGAGUGGUGGUGCAGGCAGUGAAGCUGAAGAGGCAGGUGGAAAUGUAUCAGUGGGUGGAGUACCGGGAGAGCAAGGACUACCAAGAGGACGGUGAGACCAAAACUGAGACGACGUACACCUACAACACUGAGUGGAAAUCAGAGCUGGUCAACAGUCGUCAUUUUGACUUGGAAAUGGGACACCAGAACCCAAGUGCCAUGGCGGUUGAGAGUGUGACAGUCGUGGCUCCUGAAGUCGGAGUUGGACCUUUCAGUCUGUCUAAAGGCCUGGUGGAGCAGAUAAAUAAUUUCCAGACGCUGCGUCUCAGGGAUUUUUCAUUCGACCCUUUUCUCAGCAUCGAUGACGAUUAUUUCUAUCACACUCAAAACCCACGCAGGCCAGAGGUUGGGGAUGUGCGCGUGAGAUUCUCCUUCGCUGGACUGAGCGGCGAGACGUCUAACCUCGGCCCGGCUCAAACUGUCAGUAUUGUGGCCAUGCAGAGAGGGGAGCAGCUGAUGCCUUUUAAAACCAAGUCAGGAGACACUCUGGAGAUCCUGUACCUGGAGGAGCUCUCUGCAGAGGAGGUUUUUGCGAAAGAACUCCAGUACAACAGUAUGAAGACAUGGGCACUCAGGGCUGCUGGCUGGGCCCUCAUGUGCCUUAGUAUUCAGCUGACCAUGCGCAUCAUCUACACACUGGUGGAUUGGGUUCCUAUUCUCAGGGAGCUCGUGUCCGUGGGGCUGAAGAUCUUCGCCCUGUGUGUCUCCUGCUCUCUGUCCCUUCUCACCAUCGGAGCAGGUUGGCUUUUUUACCGACCAUUAGUGGCUGCUGCUCUGGGAGCUCUAGCUCUGCUUCCGGUGUUUCUCGCCCGCUCAGGACUUCCGGCCAAGAAGAACGAAUGACAAAUAAACUGAUGAUUUUCACAACAAUUGCUGAUGCCCGGCUGUAGCUAUUCAUCAGAGGAACAAGACUGUGUUGUGCAGCUGUUUUUUUUUUCCACAGCAGGGUUACAAGCCACAUAAGACUUGCGUUAUUCGGGUAAAACGGACAUUCUAUGGUGAUAAGGGGGGAUUCAAGGGGCUUGAACAUAAUAUUUUUUUAGUUACAGUGGGCAUCAUUUUAUCACCCUGGAGAUAUGUUUAUGAUUCAAAAGAAAUCCCACGUCAACCACUGCUGGUGUCGUUGCUUUCAGACCGCAAAUGUUAUCAGAUGUGGCCUUUCAAAAGUCUAUCCACACAUGAAAACCCUCACUCCAUCAUCUUGAUAUUCUGUUGCUUGCAAUGAGCAACAUAAGAUUACUGUAGUUUCAUUUUGACUAUAAAUGUAAUUCGUCAAAGAGUUGUUCCUCCCUCCACAAAACUUACUUAUUUGCCAGUUUAUUAGGUACACCUAGCUAAAGCAGUCUAAUACAACUGCCCUACAGUAAAUUCUACCUUCAUGAAGGUUAUAAUGUUCAGUUUUUGUUCAUUGUUUUAGUGAGUUGUUGAUUUAACUUUACGGUCAUUUUAGAUGGCUGUCGUUUGAGGUGCUGUUGAAUUGCACUGAGAGGUACUUAUAAGGUCUGCACUCAUCGAUGUACAUUGGGUGGAAAUAUUUGUUUGAACAAAAACUAACGUUUUACCCUUCAUGGGGCAGGAUUUAUUGCAGGGGUGUUUAUUAGACUGCAUUAGUUUUAGCUAGGUGUGCCUAAUAUAAACUGGCGAGUGUGUUCCUAAUGUAAAACACAAGUCAUUUUGAUAUAUCAUAUUUUCUCAUUAUCUGCAACACUUGUUGCAUUUUCAAAAUUUAACAUUUCUCAUAUCAUCAGGGAUUUCUUCAUGAAUUACAAACUGAGUGACUUGAAGUGAUGUGUAAACAUUUUUAAUUUUCUUUUUCUUUUGGAAAAUGAUGAAUGUCAUUGCUUUGUUUAGACUAAAAGACCAAUCUUUGUAAAAUACCAAAGAACAGAAUCUGCAAUUUUAUUGUAUUGUUUGUAUGCAUGUAUGUUAAAUAAAGCACUUAUGUUUAA